AUGUCGUACGCCAACGCGGACAAGUUUGCCUAUUCGCCCAGCGGGACAGCGGCCCGUCAGCUUGUUGAAAUCGCACAGCAGCGUCGCGACAAGAGGCAGGGAGACCAGAGACGGACGGGAACGCAGUCCAACUUCAGCGCAAAGUUUGGACCGCAAAGACUGCCGCAUGCCAACUCGAUCUCCUGGGCCAUGCAGAGCGUCAUGGGCCGAAACAAGCCAAAGGAAAGGCUAAAAUCGGGUUCUGCGUCUCUGCCUGGUCCGCCCAUCCAAGUGCCGAAAUCAGGCCGUAAAGGAAAGAGCCGUACACUGGAUAACAGUGAUUUAAACAGUCUGUCGGAGGAUCUCGGGUUAGCACCGCCAGCGCAACAAAGAGCUAAUGCUAAAGACAGGAAGAUGCUAAAGUUUAUCAGCGGCAUUUUCACAAAGAGCAGCUCUGGAGGGUCGACGUCGGCAACACCAUCUGUUUAUAUUCAGAGAGACUCCAGCGAGGAAGAAGUGAACAUCGCCAACAGCCAGGAGUGGACCCUCAGCCGAGUUGUGCCUGAGAUCAGACUGGGCGUUCUGGGCAGUCUGAAGAGUGGGAAGUCUGCACUGGUUAGCAAGUACAUCACAGGAAGUUACCAGCCAGUGGAAAGGCAAGAAGGAGGGAGGUUCAAGAAGGAGGUGCUGGUGGAUGGACAGAGUCAGCUUCUGUUGAUCCGAGAGGAGCCAGGGCUGCCAGACGCACAGUUCUGUGGCUGGGUGGACGCAGUCAUCCUGGUCUUCAGUCUGGAGAAUGAACCCAGUUUUCAGGAGCUUUACUCUCUAUAUGCUCAGCUCAGCUCGGCGCGCACAGACCUGCCUAUCAUCGUGGUCGGGACACAGGAUAAGAUCAGCAGCUGUAAUCCUCGUGUGAUCGAGGACCAGCGAGCGCGACAGCUCUGUAUCGAUGUGCGACACUCUCUGUUCUACGAGACCUGCGCGACCUAUGGCUUCAAUGUGGAACGUGUCUUUGCCGAAGCUGCUCAGAAAGUGGUGGCUCAGCGGAAACAGGCGGCUCUUCAGGCCUGCAAGUCUCUGCCCAACUCUCCCAGUCACUCCGGAGGGUCCACACCAGGGUCAGCCUCUUUUCCUAGCCAGGUUAGUAACGGCCCCAGCCCCGGCUACACCUACUCACUCCCCUCCACUCCGGUGGUCAGUCACCGGGAGCUGAGGGUGGCUCCGGGGGAAGGGGCCACGUCAGUGCCCCGUUCACUCAAAAACAUCCCUCGAAGACCCUCCCUCUUCAAGAAUCGUGACCAGGAGAAGAAGUCCAGCGAUGGCAAAGGAGACCUGAGCAUAAACCGAGGCAUUGCCCUCAAACAGAGUAUUUUGUACAAAAGAAGUGGGAGCUCACUGAACAAAGAGUGGAAGAAGAAAUACGUGACUCUGUCCAACACUGGAACUCUGACCUAUCACUCCAGCUCCAACGACUACUCGCAGAACUCUCAUGGGAAAGAGAUUGACCUGCUGCGUGUCACCGUCAAAGUCCCAGGGAAACGGCCUCCACGCGCUGUGGCCCCGGCCGGACCCUCUGCAGCCUCCACCACUGUCCCAGGAGUGAACGGCAACAGUAAAGACACUACCGCUGAGGCUACGAGUACUGUUCCACAGUUGUGCCCCAACACUCUGUCCGUGGUGGAUGAUUGCACUGGCAGCCUUUCACCUGUGGGGAGCGACAGAGCACUGCUGCACUGCCCUCUGUCCCUGUCCACUAAAGCCCAGAGUGUGGAUGGUCUUGAAGGCAGCGCAAUCCCAAUCACAGGGAAAGAGUCCAGUCAGUCGUCUCCAAUGAGUGACCGCAAGAAGAACCGACGGAAGAAGAGUAUGACCCAGAAAGCAGACAGCGCAGUGGGACAGGCGGAAGAUGAGGAGAACUCUGACUUCAUCGUAGUGUCCUUCACCGGGCAGACGUGGCACUUUGAGGCCCAGAGUCAGGAGGAGAGGGACUCGUGGGUCACUGCCAUCGAGAGUCAGAUUCUUGCCAGCCUGCAGUCGUGCGAGAGUGGCCGCAACAAGGCUCGUCGCAGCAGUCAGAGUGAAGCCCUGGCUCUGCAGGCCAUCAGGAAUGCCAAAGGGAAUGGCCUGUGUGUGGACUGUGAGGCACCCAAUCCGACCUGGGCCAGUCUGAACCUGGGUGCUCUGAUCUGUAUUGAAUGUUCUGGGAUCCACCGUAACCUGGGGACCCACCUGUCACGUGUGCGCUCGCUGGAUCUGGAUGACUGGCCCGGGCAGCUCACACAGGUCCUAGCUGCUAUUGGGAACCACACGGCCAACAGCAUCUGGGAGUGCUGCACCCAGGGAAGAAGGAAGCCUACACCGAGUGCCAGCCGUGAGGAGCGCGAGUCGUGGAUCAGGGCCAAGUACGAGCAGCGCCUGUUUGUGUUGCCCCUGAACCUGUCCCGCCCUUUGCCUGUGGAGCUCCUGUCCGCUGUCACAGACAGAGACCUGCCCCGCCUGCUGCUGCUUCUGGCCCACAGCACCAGGGAUCAGAUGAGUGUGGCGCCUCCCUGUGGAAGUGCUCUCCACGCUGCCUGCCAACUUGGAGAUGUGGUCAUGACUCAGCUGCUCGUCUGGUACGGCGUGGACGUGAAGCUGAAGGAUGAGCUGGGACAGAGCGCACUCAUGCUGGCCACUAAAACUGGGAGUAAAGGCUGCGUGGACAUUCUGCUGCAACACGGCUGCUCCAACGACAUGCCCCCCUGCACUGCCACACCCGUUCUCUCACGCAGGUCGAGCACUGCAAGUCUGGGACAGAUCGCUCGAUUGCCAAAACGGAAUCUUUUUAGUUUCCCCAAUAGCAUCACCGUGAUGAGGAUCCUUCUGCAGGGUCCUAGCUACGCCUCAAGCCUCCUUUCUGAGCUAAAUCGCUGUCGUCUGUCCCGCCGCUACUGUGAUGUUCUACUAAACGCCGGAAACCGCAAAUUUGCUGCACACAAAGCCAUCCUCUCGUGUGCAAGUGCCUACUUCUAUAACCUCUUCUCCAACUCUCCAGACUCCUCCACGUCCACCACCGCAAACGCCUUUUCCUUGGAGUUCAUCUCUCCUACCAACUUUGACAAAGUCCUCACCUUUAUAUACACAGGAGAGAUUUUGAUAGACUUGAUAGACGUGGGAGUGUUGUAUGAAUUGGCUGAGCGACUAGGCGUCACUGAGUUGCCUCUGGACGAAGGAAGAGAGAUCGGAGAGGGAAAACUUGCGAUCAUGGAUGAGACGACGGAAGAGGAGCGCUGGAGGCAGCUGGCAGGCGAGGUGAUCGAGCUCAGCGAUGAUGAGACCUUCCUGGAGGACAAGGACGAGGAGGAUGAGGAUGAGCUGGUGUGCAUAGAGAGCGGUCACAGAGUCGACCAAAGCGCGCAGGACACUGACCAUGUGUGCUGUCAGAUCUGCGGCCUAAACCUGCCCCUGGACCCAGUGGUGGUGCGUUCACACGCCCAGUCCCACAUCACGGAGGGGGGCCAGUGCGUGGUGUGCGGGGCUGCCUUUGUGGAGUUGCAGAGCGGACUGAAUCAUGUGCUAUCCCACGUGGGCGCGCAUAUGUACUCCUGUCCCAUGUGCCAGGUUCACUUCAGCAGCAGAGCCCGUGUCCUGCGUCACCUGAACGCAUCGUCUGCCUCCUACGCACUCCCUGCGGAUGCAAUCUCCUCCAGCGCCCCCCAAAGCCCACAACUACACUGCGCACACUGCAGCGCUAACGUCAGCAGGGACUUCAAGAGUGUCCGCGAGCACACCCUGUCCCACGUUUCUUCUCAAUCUCUGUCCUGCUCCCUCUGUCCCGUGACGGUCUCAACUCUAUGUUCGUUACUGUGGCACGCCCUCUCUCACCUGUCCCUGCCUGUCUUCACCUGUCCACACUGCGCCAUGUGCUUUGUGGAGCGCCCCCUGCUGGACACGCACAUGACCGCACACGCAGAGGAGGCAGCGGUCAAGGAGAGGGAGAGGACACUGCUCCGGGCCUUCACCUUCAGAUCGGACGGGAGUUUGUCUGAUGGGUCGGAGGAGCUGCGUUGUCCACUCUGCCCUCAAACGUUUCGUUCGCCUUCCUCCUUCCACUCCCACCUCAGCAGCCACACUUCAGCCGACCUCCACCAGUCAAGCGCUGGUUCUGCAGGCUUAUUGGGCAAACGCAAACCCGACUCAUCCAUCUCCUCCCUGCGCGACAUUGGGGAGCUCUUCAAACUGGGCCCUUCCAGUUUCAACAACAGAGCCUUACCCGGACUUCCACAGAGCCUAACAUCUGGCACUUCUUCUCUUGGCCCCAAUAUUUUGCCAGACGGGGUGGAAUUCAGUGCUUCUAAGCCCAAAUGGUACCGCUGUCGUUACUGCGGCAAGUCUUUUGCCCAUUCCGGGGAGUUCACGUAUCACCUGCGCAUCCACACGGGGGAAAAACCCUACCAGUGUAAAGUGUGUUUGCGAUUUUUCCGCGGGCGCUCCACCAUGAUUUGCCACUUAAAGACGCAUGCCGGAGCGCUUAUGUAUCGCUGCACAGUCUGUGGAUUAUUUUUCUCCACUUUGAAAUUGGUUUCCUCACACAUGGAGCUGCACAAAGAUCACCUUCCCCAGGAUUUCCACAUUGAGCAGACGUUUAUGUACAACGACCACUCCAAAGAACCGCUGCCUCCCGCUGAUGCCAAAGCUCCAUUCUAA